CCGCACUGUACGUCCUCAUUCCAGCGACGACGACCGAGCGAUCAACACUGACCGACGACGUUGCGCCUAACUACCGAUAUAUUUACCUACACCAACCUCCUACGCUCUCGACUUCGCAAUAACAGUUGUGUCAAGCUGUGAGAGUUGACCUCGUAGACGCAUCUUUAUCUUCGUUAACUGGAAAAAGUUCAAUCUUCAGUCCAGCCGUUGGUGACAGAAGAUAACAAUGGCCAAGAGAGAGAACCCCCACACUGAAAUGGCCGAUGCCCGCCAGAGUGACUGCCUCAAAGUAAUCUUUGAUCAGCAGAGCCCUGCACUAUUUCACCCCCGUUCAAGAUCCAGAAGCAGCAGCAGCAGUGGAAGCAGCCGUACAUCUGAAAGCCGUAGAGGCCGUAGCAGCUACAGAAGGCGCCAUAGAUCAUCAUCAUCUUCUUCAUCCUCAGUAUCUAGAAGCAGGUCUACAUCUCGAACCCGGUCCCGUUCUCACCCUCGGUGUCACAGGCGAUCAUCUCGAUGCCGUUGUGACAAUCACUACAGAUACAGAAGAUACAGUCGCCGUUCACCACCACGCCGCUACAGGGCCCACUCCCGCUCCUUCAGCCGCUCUCCCUCGGUAGACAGAUACUCCCGUAGGAGACACUACAGGUCUCGUUCAAGGUCUUGUUCUAGGUCUUGUUCUAGGUCUCGUUCAAGGUCUACCCGCCGUUGUAACAGCCACAGGAGACGAGUAAGCAGGUUGUCCCGAUCCCCUCCAAGAGUAUACAGGGGUUACUCCAGGUCUUCAGAACACUCUGUCAAACUGAGCAUUGAUGAUAAAGCAAAACUCCUGAAAACUGCCAGAGAAAAUGCUGCCAAGAUCCUAGGAGUGGAGACAUUGGAACUUCCUAAAAGCGUGAAACCAAUCCUGUCAGAUGAGUUGGUGCGGUCUGAGCAUGGAUCACCAGCACCAGAGAUGAUGGGAAGACAAUCAGAGAAGACACAAUCACAGAAUGAAGUUGAACCUGAUGAUCUGUCCAGCCUGAGGAUCUCUCCUAAAAGAAGAAUUAUCUCAUUCAGUAUUCAUAAUUCAGUGGCUAAGCCAACUGUGGCAGUCCCAUCUUGUGCUAAGGUAACACCUCGUGUGGACAGCUAUGAAAGCAGGAAGCCUUAUGGUCACUGGAUUCCUGUCGUAUCAAGCCGAGACUCUCUGCGGCGCAAACGCUCACAUGUAAAAGUUAUGUGGGAAGAAGUGAAGAAUGCAUUCAGGUGGGAUAAUUUUUCUCCCUUUGUGUACUGUAUAAAGUUUCAAUAAAGAUGUUUAUUUAAAAUGUG